AUGGAGUAUCAGGUCUCUUCCAUUCAACCUGGAGAAAUGCAGCAAAAACUACUUUUAAAUCCCACUCAUACUCAGCAAUUGUUCAAGAACUCAAGUCAUCACCAAAGUUUUCAACAACAAGAUGAUGCCCUGACACAGGAGGGUGCAAUUAGAACUUCCAGGAAAGCAUUCAUAGAUCAUCAUGUCCCUUCCCAACACAAUAAAGGAUCAGGGAACACAAGCCAUCACCAAAUAUCUUCAAAGCCCACUCCAAUUUUCAAGCCAAAACAGGUCCCCAAACAUCAAGGCCACAAUGAAGAGGAUGGUUUGAGAAAAACUUGCAGAGAACAAUUGUUUGAUCAUCAGAGUAACACCUGCCAUGCCACAGAAUAUGAUAACUCUCCAUUCCAACCUCAAGGUAUGUUUGCUCAGCAUGCAAGUGUACACCAGCAUGGCUCCAAUUAUCAUCAGAAUGCCCAUGGUGGUCAUCAGGCACAUCAACCCUACAGACCAAAAAAUCAGGAUCUGAAUAGUACUUACCGUGACACAGAAUAUAUUGACCCCUCUUUCCAGCCCAGAGGAAAGUUUAAUCAGCAUGCAAAUGCAUACCAGCGUCACUCCAAUUCUCAUAAAAAUGCCCAAGCUCAUCACCUAGUGCAUGAACCCUUCAGACCAAGAAAUCAGGAUUUCAAUUCAAGCGACCAAUUUUUUGGCAAGGAUUACCACCAAGGUUACCAUGAUUACAGUGGAAUGACUCAUGGCCAGUAUCAUCCUCAACAGAGUCGGCAUCAAAAUUAUUAUGGCCACAGGCCCAUGACUUAA